AUGGUCGAGAAGAAUGGCAAGUCCCAAAACCUGAUAAAACAGAUGAACUCCUUUAGGUUGCUCCUGGUCGUUGAAGAUGAAGUGAAUUACACCAUCAAGCAUCAUAAUUCAUCAGAUCUAAUCGCGUAUUCAGACAACCAAGGCACAGGCUCUCAUCCAAGCUCUGUACAAGAUCAUGGUCAUGGUGGUGCUUGCAAAGGCACUGCUGGUCCUCACAAUAGCAAUAUCGUCAACAAGGUUGACUCCAGGUUAGAUUCGGACCAAGGUCGCCAGAACGUAUCUUCCAGCACUGCAUAUAUGCCUCAAGCUGGAAAACCUGCAGGAAUCUACGACCCCAAUGCAGAUAAGCCUGACCAGCGGGUAGAUACAGAUCCUGAUGCCCGUCGCCGUGAGGACGUCGCUGGCAGCAGCCGCUUCUAUCCACAGGCAGGAAAGCCUGCAGGUAACUCGUCACUCUAA